ACUCACAGGCAGAGGCAGAGGCAGAGGCCGAUGCCAUUAAAAAGAAGCAGAGAGCAAGGGACGCCUGGUUACAAUGUACAAAUCAAAUCUUCAAGCAAUGUGCCAGCAGAGAGGAUGGGAGUUGCCUGCCUAUCAAGUCACUAAACAAGGGCAAGAUCACAGCCCUCUCUUUUCAGCCACUGUCACCGUCAACGCCACCUCCUUUUCCUCUCCGUCUCCCUCUUCUUCCUCUAAGAAAGCUCAAAGCGAAGCCGCUAAAGUCGCCUAUGACCACUUCUCCCUCAUCUCCUCCCCCCUUUCUGUUUCUGCAGGCAGUACGGGUGGAAGCGCUGGGAAGAAUACUCGUCAAUCUCAUGAAAAUCCAACUCCCCUGUCAAAUACAAAUCCAACUGCUGGGAAGAAUACUCGUCAAUCUCAUGAAAAUCCAACUCCCCUGUCAAAUGCAAAUCCAACUGCUGGGAAGAAUACUCGUCAAUCUCAUGAAAAUCCAACUCCCCUGUCAAAAACAAAUCCAACUCCCCUGUCAAAUAAAUCCGGGGCAGUUGCCAAGACUGAUGAGAGUUUUGGAGGUAUGCUGCACUUGUUUAAAAACCAGCUGCAAACCUAUGCUCAAAAGAGAAAUUUCAGUCCACCUGUGUAUUCUUGUGAGCGUGUGGGUCUUCCUCAUGCUAUUCAAUUUAAGUGCAAGGUCACUGUAAACGGACAAACCUAUGAGAGUCGGGAAUAUUUUCCCACAUUGAACAAAGCUGAAAAUGCAGCUGCAAAAGCUGCUAUGAUGUCAUUGUCGCCAAAUGGAGUUGAAGAGGAUGAGUCUGGUUAUAAGAAUCUUUUACAAGAGAUGGCUCGGAGAGAAGGUUGUGGUUCACCAACUUAUUUUACAGAGAAAUCUGGUGAAGCUCAUGCGCCUACUUUCAUUUCAAAAGUGGAGAUAGAUGGAGUGAGUUUUACUGGAAAAGAAGCAAGAACAAAGAAGCAAGCAGAGAUGAGUGCUGCUAAGAUUGCAUACACAGCUCGAAGACGUUGACUGGUGCUCAAUGGGGAUAUGGGUUUAUGUUAUGUAUUUGUGCAUAUCCAUGGCAGAUGUGUGCGUGCAUAUGACACCAUAGAACAGUGUACAGAUAUUCCAACGUUUUUGACUAUCUUAGAGUACAAGUCGGUAAGAUGAACUCAAACUUGCGUCUUCAUGCUAUUUUAGAUAAUUUGACAUGAAUAACAGCUACCUCCGUGUAGAAGCUUUAACUGUGAUAUAA